AUGCUUCCUGAGAACAAACAAUCAGCGUCCGAGCAUAUUCCCGACUCUCCUUCUCAACGUGUUCGCGCGCCCAGUCGUCGUGAUUCUUUUAUCAAAUACCAUUACUUAAUUCACUGGGUACCCCGAUUCAAGAUGCCUCAGUACACUUCUCGCGAUGUCGGCGACCCUUCGCAGAUCAAGAAGAACAAGCAGUCCAUGGCUGAUCUCAAGCUCCGACGGCUAACAGAGCUCAACAAUCGCCUGCGCGAGGAUCUUGAGCGAGAACGCAUCCCCGUCAGCACAGCGUCAAAGAGCAUUAUCGCUUACUGCAAUGUCACUCGGGAUUACAUGGUUCCCUCCGUCUGGGGCGCUGUCCCCAAGGGCGAGGAUCCCUAUGCGCCGCAACAAUCUGGUGGCUGCUGUGUGGUCAUGUAA